AUGUCGUCCCUCAGCAGCGAGCACCAGACGCCUCGGGCCGGGUCCGUCUCGACCGGCCACCCCACGCCAGGGUCCGUGGCCACGCCUGGCCUGCCAACGAACAACGGCACCACCCCUAACAUGAACAACGGCAACAGCAGCAACGGCGGCCACCCCGUGACGGCCCAGCUCACCAACUUCGCUCCUACAAACGGCGGCGCCGCACCGACAGCAGUGCCCUCUGGGCGGCCGGUCACGGCCCCGCGGCUGAGCGAGUCAUCCAUGCAGAUGGCGGCGCGGAUUCCCAACAUUCUGCCGCACGAGCGCGUGUUCCCCAUCCAGAUCGGCUGCGAGUUGUUCAAGCUGUCGGGCGCGUCGCUGUCGUCGGAUGCGCCGUCGUACUUCUCGCAGUACUUUGAUUGCCAGAUCAAGACGGCCGAGGCGCACGGCGUGGAGGACAUUGGGACGGCGAUCCGCACGCUCUACAUUGACCGCGACCCGGCGACGUUCCGCGACAUCUCGCUGCACCUGCAGGGCUACCACGUGCAGCCGCGCGACGGCACGCACUUUGUGCGGCUGUUUGCGGACGCGCAGUUCUACUCGCUGCCGCGGCUCAUCUCGCAGCUGUACGACGAGUCCAUCUUCAUGUCCAUUGGCCACCGCGAGUUCCAGAUCCCCCGCGACCUGUUCCAGGACCCGGGCAACCUGCCCAACUACUUCUCCCUCGGGUUCGCCAUCUUCUUCAGCAGCCCGGACGACCUGUUCCCCGGCCUCGACCGGGAGGGUCUGAUCCGGCCCCCGUCGAUCCUGCCCCCGGCUGUCCCCGGGCGGUCGGCCGACACCUUUGAGGAGCUGCUGCACCUGCUGCGCGGCUACCCCGUGCACAUCCGCGACGAGACGCACCGGCAGACGCUGCUGCGCGACUGCCGCUACUUUAAUUUCAAGGGCCUCGAGCAGAAGCUGAUCCCGCACGCGCUCACCUACAACCAGGCGCGGCUGCGCUACGAGAUGGCGCUGCGCGUCGAGGACGUGCUCAAGUCGGGCGUCUCCGUCGCCAACGAGCCGACGCGCGGGGACCCCCUGGCCGGCUGGGUCAACUAUGCGCGGCCGUUUGUGGACGACAAGCCGGCCGAGCUCGUGCUCGAGAUUGGCGGCGAAAACACCAAACUGCACUUCUUCCCGCCGGCGUCGUCACCCGCAGCCGCAUCGCCUGCGCCCGGCGGUGGCGGCCGCCGUGGCACCCGGGCCGAGUUCUUCCGCGACACCAAGAUUCGCAUCGCGCGCCUGUUUGAGGUUGUCGCCACAAAGCUCAACCUCCCGCCCACCACGCAGCCGCUCGGCCUGCUGAUGCGCCAGGGCGGGGCCCGCAGCCAGCCGCCCUCGCCGGGGAACACGCCGCUGAGCGACGACCUGGUGCGCGUCGUGCUCGAGCCCGAGACGGCCAUUACGCUCGACGGCCGGCCGUUUGCGCUGCCGGAGACGGUGGCGGACGACACGGACGCUGCGGAUGCCAUCCUGUCUCCAAGCGGCGGCGGCGAACCCGGCCCUUCGCGCAAACGGCGGCGUGUCGACUAUGCCGCGCUCAGCGGCGGUGCAAACGCGGCGUGGACGAUCAAGACGGGCUUGUGGCGGUUGCGGAUCCAAAGCGUCAAGAACGGCAAGAGUGCGGUGGAGUGCGUCCUGGUGGGCGUCAAGCUGGAUGCCAUAAGUUCGGAGCUGGCGCGCAACCAGGAGCGAGGCUUCUUGGGCGGGUGA